AUGUUGUUAUUCUAUCACAUGCUGCUCGGAGCCUUUCUUGCCUUCUUCAUCCUUUCAGGAAAUUGGGUUUCAGCUGAGAACAUCAACUUCUAUAAUGUGAGACCUCCACUAGACCCCACUCCAUUUCCAAACAGUUUCAAGUGCUUCACUUGUGACAACGCAGUGGACAAUUACAACUGCAACAGAUGGGCUGAAGAUAGAUGGUGUCCUGAAAGCACUCAGUACUGUUUGACAGUUCAUCUCUUCACAGACCACGGGAAGAGUACCUCAGUCACCAAAAAAUGUGCCACAGGAGAAGAAUGCCACUUGGUAGGCUGCCACCAUCACCCCGAAAGCGGCCACACGGAGUGUGUCUCUUGCUGUGAAGGGAUGAUCUGCAACGUGGAGAUCCCAACCAACCACACCAAUGCAGUCUUUGCUGUGCUGCACGCCAGGAGGACCUCAGAGGGCAGCAGGUGGACAGUCAACACCUCAGUGCUCCUGUCAGUCCUGCUG